AUGACUGUCAGAAAGUCUUCUAAGUAUAACAAACAAAAAGAAAGACCUCAGGAAUUAAAACUAAAGACAAAGGUUCACAAAACAGGCUGCUAUAAUGCCCUUGAAGUAGAAGAAACAUCAGAUGAAGAUUCAGAGUCAGAUUUGAAGGCAGAACCUCAACCAAAAAAGGCACUCUCUAAGACAAAUAGCUUCUUGGCUGAUAUAUUAGAUGUUGGCAAAUCAAAGAAGAAGCAGAAGGUCUCAUCUGAGUGUAAGAAAAAACUCAAUAAGAAAAAGCUUGAGAAACAGAAACAUAAGUACUAUCUGAUGGUGAAAAAUUCCAUUACUUUACAAUGGAAUUGA